CUCAAAUGGAUAUACAGAUACAAACUUGAUAAGAAUAGUUACUUAACUUCAUUCAAAGCUCGAAUCUGUAUACAAGGAAAUCUGCAAAAAGCAAGCAAUCUUCAAAAUACGUAUGCAGCAACGCUGGCUGUACGCUCCUUUCGCAUACUUAUAGCUGUAGCAGCAUAUUUCGAUCUAGAGAUCAACUAG